GUGACGAAACACUCCCCAUUCAUUCUCCACCAUUCCUCUCAUUCUUCAGUUUCUCUAUAUAUAACCCAAAAACCACCCAAAACCUUUCACAAUCAUAAUCUCAUUAUCACAACAGAAGCAUCAAAGAAAAUGGCGACAACUGACGUGAUCAAAAUUCUCUCUUUGUUGUUGGUGAUAGCAUUGUCAUUCACGGUGGUUAAUGGGUAUGGAACGAUGGUGGGAGGGAAGACAGAGAUAAGCGACGUGAAGACGGACAAUGAAGUGCAAGAGCUUGGGAGGUUUGCGGUGGAAGAGUUUAACAGGAGUCAGGGGCGUUUCAGUAGUGAUGGAGGAGUGGAGUUGGUUUUUUCUCAGGUUGUGGAGGCUCAGAAACGGGUGGUUUCUGGGGUCAAGUACUAUCUCAAGAUUGAGGCCACACUGAACGGGCAAACCAAGACAUUUGAUUCGGUGGUUGUGGUGAAACCUUCGGAUGAAUCCAAGGAGAUGCUUAACUUUACUCCUUCUACUUAGUAAGAUUAUGUGCCCUUUCGUUGUACUGAAUCUCUAAUGAUGUAAUGUGGUCAUUCCCUGGUUUGUUUUGUGUUUUUAUGGCAUUUCUGUUUUUUAUUUUUAAGUUUGCGGGCGGGGAAUCUUUGUCUUGUAAUUUUCAUGUAUUAUGGGUCUUUGAACACGUAAUCUUAAUCAAUAAAGGAAUAAAUAAUGCUAAUUAAAAUAAUGUAUUUACCCAGGGCUUUGAAUCUGGGAAAGAAUCCAUAAGCUUUCAA